GCAUAACCGGCACCGUAACUGGUUUAACAGUCACCCUUUAUUAAGAAGUAAAAUUCCAAAUCUUGUAACCUUUCUAUUUAUUAAGAAGUUAAAAAUAAACGUAUCUGCAUUGCGUUGCUAGUUCCGAGUUCUUGCACUCGUUAGACCAAUUCCUCGUCUUGACAACUUUUCCACGCACACCUUCAUCUUCCAAUCCUCCACCACAAACAUGAAGACUCGUACCUCGACCAAAAUCUCUGCAACGUGGAUUCCAAUUUUCUCUGUCUUUUCCUUCAUUAUUGGUAUGCUCGUCACAAGCAGGAUGUGGGACCCACCGGAAUCAAACGGGUUGCUUACUGCGCAGCAUCAGCGGGACCAACAACAGCUACAAGUGAUCUCAGGGGAUUGUGCAACCAAGAAGAUGCAGCCCAAGGAUGCAGUGAGCGAAUUGCAGAAAACCCAUGAAGCCAUUCAGCAUGCCAGAGCUUUAGAUAAACAAGUUUCGAUGCUUCAGAUGGAACUAGCAGCAGCUAGGAGUUCUCGUGAAAGUGGGAUCUCGGAUUCAAAUGCUUCAACCACCACUUCUGGGGAAGGUGCUCCAAGGAAGAAGGCUUUUAUAGUGAUUGGCAUAAACACAGCUUUCAGUAGCAGGAAGAGGCGUGAUUCCGUUAGAGAGACUUGGAUGCCUCAAGGUGAACAACUUCUUCAAUUGGAACGGGAGAAGGGAAUUGUUAUCAGAUUCAUGAUUGGUCACAGUGCAACUUCCAACAGCAUUCUAGAUCGAGCUAUUGACUCAGAAGAAGCUCAGCACAAAGACUUCCUUCGCCUAGAACAUGUAGAAGGGUAUCAUGAGCUGUCUGCAAAGACAAAGAUUUUCUUUUCCACUGCAGUUUCAAUGUGGGAUGCUGAUUUCUAUGUCAAGGUGGAUGAUGAUGUCCAUGUCAAUUUAGGUGUCCUGGCAACAACCCUUGCUCGUCAUCGAUCAAAACCCAGGGUCUACAUUGGGUGUAUGAAAUCUGGACCUGUCCUUUCUAGAAAGGAUGUCAAAUACCAUGAACCUGAGUUUUGGAAGUUUGGAGAAGAGGGGAACAAAUACUUCCGACAUGCAACUGGGCAGAUAUAUGCAAUCUCAAAGGAUCUGGCCACUUACAUUUCCAUCAACCAGCCGAUUUUGCAUAAAUAUGCUAAUGAAGAUGUCUCACUUGGUGCAUGGUUCAUUGGUCUUGAAGUUGAGCAUAUUGAUGACCGCAAUAUGUGUUGUGGAACUCCUCCAGACUGUGAGUGGAAGGCGCAGGCCGGUAACAUAUGUGUUGCAUCUUUUGAUUGGAGCUGCAGUGGAAUCUGUAAGUCAGUGGAGAAGAUUAAAUAUGUCCACUCAAAGUGUGGUGAAGGAAAUGGAGCAGUUUGGAGUGCUUUAUUUUAGAUUGUUUUUAAAAGGGAGAUGGUUUUUUCUGGUUGGGAGAGGAUAUAAUUGCAGCUGGGACAAAGACAAAGACAGUUUUCAGAUUUGAGAUUGAGCAAAUAGGUAUAACAUGGAAGAUCUCGUAAACUAUUCAAAGCUGUGGAAGCUGAAGUUGGCAAUUGCAUGGAUGUGGAUUUGAGGAUACCUUCCAGUCUGUUCUGUUUUGUUUUUAGUCUGGGAGGUAUGACAACUAUUCUCGGUGUUAUGUAACAAAGUCUGUUCUAUUUUUGUAAUUCUUUUUUUAUACGCCGUUUUUGUUCUUAGUUGGGUCGAGAUCGGUUAUUAUGCCCUUUGUAAUGAAAAACAAUGUAUUCAUAGUUCUGCUAAUAUGUUAAGUGUGAUUACUAUUUUGAUGUAAUUAAAGGACAAACUUUAGAAGCGGUCGA